CUUUUCAGAUAUAUGAAGAAUAAGAGAUGAAUUUGGAGCAGGACCGGUCAUUUGUUUGCAAUGCUCCUGGCUGCUCACAGAGGUUCCCCACCGAGGAUCACCUGAUGAUUCACAGGCAUAAGCACGAAAUGACCUUGAAGUUCCCUUCAAUAAAGAAUGAUAACAUGCUGUCAGAUCAAACACCAACUCCAACUCGGUUCUUGAAGAACUGUGAGGAAGUGGGGUUAUUCAAUGAAAUUGACUUGGAACAGGAGUUCAGAAGUGCCCAAGAGGAAGAAAACACUAAGAGGAAUAUCAACAUGCAUGGAGGAAUGACAGGACCAGUGUCACACCAGCUAUCAAAUUCAAGAAUGCCAAAUCACGACACCAGCGUUGUAAUUCAACAAGCAAUGCCAUCUCCACAGUCCAGCUCCGUCAUCACCCAAGCACCUUCCACAAAUCGCCAGAUUGGGCCUGUCCCGGGCUCUCUUUCUUCAUUAUUACAUCUACACAACCGACAAAGACAACCCAUGCCUGCCUCUAUGCCUGGCACUCUGCCCAACCCCACCAUGCCCGGGUCCUCCGCCGUCUUGAUGCCUAUGGAAAGACAGAUGUCAAUGAACUCCAAUAUCAUGGGGAUGCAGGGUCCCAACCUAGGCAAUCCUUGUUCUUCACCUCAAGUCCCUCCAAUGCACUCAGAUGCCAAAAUGAGAUUAAAGGCAGCUUUAUCCCAUCAUCCUGGAACCAUAUCUAAUGGGAAUAUGAACUCUAUGGGACACAUGAUGGACAUGAUGAACUCCCGACAGGAACAGACACAACAUCAUCAUAUGCACUCACACCAACAUCAGCAUCAGAACUUGUCACAACAUCAUCCGUAUCCUCAUCAGCAGCACCAGCACCCCACACAUCAUCCUCACUCCCAGCCCCAUCACCAACAAGGUCAUCCGCACCACCACUCACAUUCACACAUGCACCAACAUCAAUCACAUCAUCAGACGUCACCGCAUGCUCCCCUGCACAGUGGUGGACAAGCACAGCUCUCACCAGCAGCACAGCAAAUGCAGCCCUCUCAGACAAUACAGUCCCCUCAGCCCACGGGAGGCCGACGCAGGCGGGUGGUGGACGAGGAUCCAGACGAGAGGCGGCGAAAGUUUCUGGAAAGGAACCGAGCAGCUGCCACGCGGUGCAGACAGAAAAGGAAGGUCUGGGUGAUGUCACUGGAAAAGAAAGCAGAGGAACUCACCCAGACAAACAUGCAGCUUCAGAACGAGGUUUCCAUGUUGAAAAAUGAGGUAGCACAACUAAAACAACUUUUGCUUACACAUAAAGAUUGUCCAAUAACUACCAUGCAGAAGGAGUCACAAGGAUAUUUAAGUCCUGAAAACAGCCCGCCUGAGAGUCCGGUUCAAGCCUGCUCCCAGCAGCAAGUCAUUCAACAUAACACCAUUACAACUUCUUCUUCCAUCAGUGACGUGGUUGGGAGUUCCUCUCUCAACCCUCUUGCCAACCACAGAACAGACCUAAACCCAAUUCUCUGAAACAAUGGGUUCAAAAACUGCCUUCGGGAGUUUGGUAUUAAAUCAGAUCUUCCAUUUUUAUGAACAUUUUCUCAACUUUAUUUCAAUCCUGGAAGUCUCUUCAGUCAUUGAAAGACCUUGCCUUUCUUUUUUAUAGUAUUCAUUCAAAAUGUGUUUUUUUUUCUUAUAAGAAAAGGGAUUUAUGCAAUUACUAUGCUAGCAUUUUUGGGAAACGUGUGACGCUUUCUCGGUAUUCUGGUACAUUGUGUUACUUUGAGAACUGAAGCAUUUAUGUACAUAGUAACAUUUCAAAUUUGCUUUCUUUUUUCGUCAGUCUUCAAAGUGGCCUGAAUCUUGUUUUUUCUUUUUUCUUUUUUAUGAACAUAGGGUGACAGCCAUUUUUGCUCAAAGACCAGAUUUAGGUGCUUGCACCUGGACAUUAAAUGUAAUGCAUUUUCAAAAUUGUUACAUAACUACCUGUUACAUUUCCAGUGUAUUUAUUUUUGCCAUUCAAAAUUGACAAAGCAGUUUUAUAAUACACAAGUUAUGUUACAACUGUUCCAAGAACUGUUAUAAAUGUAUAAAUAUAUAGUAAGGUCUAAUGCCAUAGAUAAUGAUCAGAUGGAAUCUCUUGACAGUUGAUUGUGAAACUAGUGUAUUAUAAAAAAAAAUAUUUGUUAAUCUCA